AUGAAUGUUCCCCGGAUGGAAAUUAAAGACUUGGCCGACUUGUACGGAGAAGAAUUGAAAAUUAAAUCGUUGGCCAAAAUAAGAGGGAGUCCGAGAGCUCGGGAAAUAGCCAAAAGGUUUCUUUUGGAUGGAAAAGAUGGCAGGAUUAUAGACGAGCAUGAUCAGUUUUAUAGGGAUCAUAAACUUUUGUUGUUGCUUUUUAGGAUCAUGGGUGUAAUGCCAGUAGAACGUGGCAGAAUUGGAACAAUUACAUUUAGCUGGACUUCAAAACCUAUGCUUUAUGCUUACGUAUUUUACGUUGUAACUACUAUUUUGGUAAUUAUGGUUGGAUACGAAAGAAUCGAUAUUUUACUAAACAGAAGCAAAAAGUUCGACGAGUACAUCUACGCUAUCAUUUUCAUUCUGUAUUUGGUUCCGCAUUUUUUGAUUCCAUUCAUGGGUUGAGCAGUUGGUAAUGCCAGUACAGGAGUUGCGGAAAGUUUUAAAAGGGAUAUCGAACAAUAUUGUGCAGCUUACAUAAUCAAACAUUAUCGCAUAUUAUGGUUAGAAUUGAGUGAAGUACUCCAAAAAUUGGGCAAUGCUUACGCCAGAACAUAUUCAGCUUAUUCUUUACUGAUGAUGGCUAAUAUAACCAUUUCAGUCUAUGGAUUUACUUCUGAAAUUGUAGACCAUGGAAUUAGGUAUUUUACUUUCAAAGAAGUUGGCCUUUUAGUUGAAGCAAUUUACUGUGGAACAUUAUUUUUUGUAUUUUGUGAUUGUUCUCAUCACGCUUCGUCGAAUAUUGCUGAAAGGGUGCAAUGGUCUUUGAUGGAAAUUAAUUUAAAUGAAGUCGAUCAAUAUACUGUCAAAGAAAUUCAGCUAUUUUUAAAAGCAAUUCACAUGAAUCCACCUAAAGUGUCUUUGAGAGGAUACACUGUUGUUAAUAGAGAACUUAUCACUUCGAGCAUCGCUACCAUUGCAAUUUACCUCAUUGUGCUGUUGCAAUUCAAAAUAAGUCUUAUUAAUCUUAAGACCUAA